CGGUGUCCGGUCCUGCUCCGGUGUUUCCGGGUAACUUGACGCAGCGGGGGAGUCUCAGCCUGGAGGAGACAAUCGAGUCGGAAUUAGAUGUAAAAACGCAGCUUUGUGGCUCAGAUGGAUCUGUAAGCGGCGACCUGGACCCCGGUCCCCCCGUUGAGUUAGAACCGCGCUGAUCCGGAGCUGAAGGCCGCCGCUCGGCCUUGUUUACACCGACAAGGAGCAGCUUGAGUCCGGGGAAGGAAGCCCGGUCCUCCCGCUAGGAUCCAAACGGAGGCCGGGGCGGAGCGGAUCGGCCCUUCAGCUCACCAAGUACGGGAGAGAAUAUGAACCAGAUGCAACAAUGACGUCCAGAUUCGGUAAAACCUACAGCCGGAAGGGAGGCGAGGGCACGUCCAAGUUUGACGAGGUUCUGUCCACCAAGAGAGGCACCCUCAGCACCAAAUGGGGCGACACCACCUACAAGGCCAAGGUGGGCUCCAAGCGUUCCGGGGCCCCCAAAAACGACUCUGUCCUGGAGGUGUACAAGAGGCCUCGUCCCUGCGGGGACGGCCUGGACGAUCCGUUCGGCUUUGACAGCGACGAGGAGUCCAAACCGGUGUCGUCCCGGAGCGGCAGCAAGGCGUCCCCCGCCAAGCCGGCCUCAGCAGAGCCUCCCCGGGCCCAGAGGCCGGGGCUGUCUCUGGACGGGGGCAGCCGGUCCAGCCUGCAGGGAGGGUCUCAGGCGUUGGGGUCCAGCCGAGGGGCCUCGUGGAUGAGCCAACCCCGGCUGGUGGAAGACACAGCUCGGUUCUUCAACAACAGCAGCAGCAGCAGCAGCAGCAGCACAGGAAAGUCCAAGCAGAGCUCGUCGUUGGAGAACCAGCACAGCUACUCGUGGUACCAGAACGCCUCUGAGAGCGACAGGAAGCCCCUGGCCCAGACCACCACCCUGAAGACCGGGACCAAGGCCGAGCCCAGCUACGACUCCUGGGACGUCAUCAUGGGCCUCCGCCCUCCGUCGCCCACCCAGGAACCUCCAGACCCGGCCCCCACGCUGUCCUGGGCGCCGCAGGGCGUCACGGCCGAGAAGCCCCCCUCUCCUCCACGGAUCCAGAGCCAGGACCUGAUGGAGACGUCGGAGUACUCCCAGACCUCCUCCCAGACCUCCUCCCAGACCUCCUCCCAGACCUCCUCCUCUUCAUCUUCACUUGAAAGAAACUCAAACUGUCGGACGUAUCGUCGGCCGAACAAGCAGGACGCCGCCGCCGGAAAGACCUCGGACUCCAGCGGCUCGGCCUUCGCCACCGGCCUUCCCAAAGCUUCCCAAGGCCGGGGCCGGACCAGGGACUACACGGUGCUGCACCCGUCCUCCAUGUCCAUGUGCAACGUCACCAUCCAGGACCGAGCCGUGGACGACUUCAGCUCCUCUGAGGCGGCGCCCUCCGGUGGCGGAUCAGGAAGUACAACUCAGGAGACAGGAUGGCAGCGGAAGAAGAGCGAGCAGCAGAACCCCAGGCCCAGACAGAGCAGGACCAAGAAGGACAGUAAGUUGGACCUGUUUGGCUUCGAGGACGUAGAAGUCCUCCAGGACCAGAGCAGCGGGGACGGCUACAAAGUCAAAUACUUCGGCUUUGACGACAUGAGUGACAGCGAUGACGGAGACGACGGCUUCAAGGAGCGGAGGAGGAGGAGGAGGCCCAAGAUGGCCGACAUCACCAUGGAAACCCCAGUGGUCAACGAGGAGGAGACGGAGGAACCCCCAGAUCCGUUUGAGAGGCCGGAGACACAAGAAAGACCAACGGUCAAAGAGAGCAAGAAGCAGGAGGACAGACAGGAGAGACAGGAGAGACAGGAGAGACGGACACGAGCAGGUUCCUCCCGUGUAACCCGGUGUGUCUCCUCCGCAGAGCUCGGGGACGUCUCUGAGGACGGCGUCCGGGUCUCGGCCAGCGGUCCCAGACGUCCUCAGGGGAAACCCAGUGACAAGAACCCGGACAGCUUCAGGAGGAUCUUCAGCGCCCAUAAAAAGUCUCCCACCAAAGCGGUGUACAACGCCAGACACUGGACGGUAGAGAGUGAAGAGGAGCCCCCCCCGGCCUUCCUCUCCAAGGCUCCGGCCACGGCUGCGUCGGCCGGGGGUUCGGCCGGAGGAGCGGCUGGGGGGCCCGGCAAGGAGGCCCCCGACUCUCAGAAGGAUGAUGGUGUGUUCAAGGCUCCUCCUCCUCCUCCCAAGGUCACUAAAUGCGUCACGCUCCCCACGGACCUCUACCAGGACCCCGUCACUACGCUCAAAUGUCGCAAAGAACACAAGGAGCUCUACACGGUGGUUCAACACGUCAAGCACUUCAACGACGUGGUGGAGUUUGGAGAGAACCAGGAGUUCACCGAUGACUUCGAGUACCUGGCGACGGGGCUGAAGAGUGGACAGCCUCUCAACACACGAUGCCUUAGUGUGAUCAGCCUGGCCACCAGGUGUGCCAUGCCCAGCUUCAGGAUGCACCUCCGGGCCAGAGGGAAGGUGGCCCAGGUCUUCAAGACCCUCAACGACGCCCCUCAGCACCCGAACCUGGCUCUGUGCACCGCCUCCCUCAUGUACAUCCUGAGCAGGGACCGCUUGAACAUGGACCUGGACCGGUCCUGUCUAGACCUCAUGAUCCGUCUGCUGGAGCUGGACCAGGACCAGGGGGGCGGGACCGGGACCGGGACAGGGAUGGACAACACGGUCCAGUUCAGCGCCAGAGAGAUCGCUAAGAUGAAGGAGAAGAUCAGGAAGCUGUGUGACACGGUCCACAACAAACACCUGGACCUGCAGAACAUCACGACGGGUCAUCUAGCCAUGGAGACGCUUCUGUCUCUGACGUCAAAGCGAGCAGGAGACUGGUUCAAGGAGGAGCUCCGUCUUCUGGGAGGACUGGACCACAUCGUAGAUAAAGUGAAGGAAUGUGUCAAUAACCUGAACCGUGAGGACGAGAAGGACAAGCUGGUGUCGUCUCUGUGGGGAGCGGAGAGGUGUUUACGGGUCCUGGAGAGUGUGACCGUCCAUAACCCAGAGAACCAGAGCUACCUGAUCGCCUACAAGGACUCGUCCCUCAUCAUCUCCUCUGCAAAGGCGCUGAGCAGGUGUGAGGGGAUGAUCCAGCGCUACAGCCGGGAGGUGAGCAGUGACCAGGCCGUGGUGGGGAAGGCGGUGGAGGACUGCAUGAGGGCCGUCAUAGGGGUCCUCCUGAACCUGACCCACGACAACGAGUGGGGCAGCACGAAGACGGGAGAACAGGACCAGCUCAUCAUGACGGCUCUGAACUGUGUCCUCAGAGUCCCUCAGUUCCUCCCCCAGGAGCAGCGCUUCGACGUCAGAGUACUGGGUCUGGGUCUCCUCAUCAACCUGGUGGAGUACAGCGCCAGGAACCGCUACAGUCUGAUGGAGAUGGAGAUGGAGGGAGGUCAGGGUCCCUGCGACUCCACCGUCCUCCUCAGCCCUCAGGACGGAGCAGGAGGAGGAGGAGGAGGAGCAGGAGGAGGAGGAGCAGGAGCAGGAGGAGCAGGAGCAGGAGGAGGAGGAGCAGGAGCAGGAGGAGCAGGAGGAGGUCCUCUGAGUGCCAUCGCUGCCCUCGUACAGCUGUUCCUCCAGAGGGAGCGUGCUGCCGUCCUGGCGGAGGCGCAGACUGAUGACCUCAUCAAGGAGGCGCCUAAGCCGGCUCUGGACCAGUCUGGCCAGUGGCAGGAGACGGGCGGCGAGAUCCAGUGGGUCGCCAACGACAACGCCCCCGACAAACAGGAGGACGAGGAGAAGAAGAAGAAGGAGGAGGAGGAGGACGAGGAGCUGGACCUGAACAAAGCUCUGCAACAUGCAGGGAAGCACAUGGAGGACAGUAUCGUAGCCUCGUACACGGCACUGCUGCUGGGAUGCCUCUGCCAGGGAAGCCCGAUGAAUGUGACUACUGUGAGGGAGAACCUUCCUAAAGGAGACUUCUCCAUCAUGACAGAAAUGCUGAAGAAGUUCCUGAACUUCAUGAACCUCACUUGUGACGUUGGAACCACGGGACAGAAAUCUAUCUCCAGGAUCAUCGACUACCUGGAGCACUGUUAGAAAACCUCCCUCCCUCUGUCUCUGACCUCCUGCUCCUGCUCCUCCUGCUCCUCCUCCUCCUGCUCCUCCUCCUCCUCCUCCUCCUCCUCUCCUCCUCCUCCUCCUCCUCCUGCUCCUCUGUGUUUUUCUGUCUCUGUGGAUGAAGAGCCAGACCAGUGUUCAGUUUGAUCUCCCGUCUUAAAAGAAGGAACUGAGUGAAUCCUCCUGGGAACUACAAACUGGUUCCGGUCUAAGAAUCCAUCCCCCUGCUCUGGACCAGGACCAGGACCCUCUGGACCUGGACCCUCUGGACCAGGACCAGGACCCUCUGGACCUGGACCAGGACCCUCUGGACCCUCUGGACCUGGACCCUCUGGACCUGGACCAGGACCCUCUGGACCAGGACCCUCUGGACCAGGGCCCGUUCCUCCUCACCCUUUCCGUUGCCAUUCCUCAGACCCUCGUUCCCAUCAUGCAUUUCACCAGGCAGAGAGGAUGUAAUUUAUCAACUGGAGAGUUUUAAAAGUUGUUUUUCAGACUCAAGAGACUCGGAAAAGUCUCGUCCACCACGACCAAGACCUGCACAGAGACUCCAGCUCCCAUGAUGCACCUGGGUCGACCCCAGCACACCGGUCAUCCGAGGGAGGAGGAGCUCCAGACUCCUCAGUUCCACCUGGACACGAGACACGAGAGGCACUUAAACAUGGAGUCUCUGGUUCCUAGUUCCCUCUGGAACCUGGUUCCUCCUGGUUCCCUCUGGAACCUGGUUCCUCCUGGUUCCCUCUGGAACCUGGUUCCUCCUGGUUCCAUCUGGUUCCUGGUUCCCUCUAGUUCCUGGUUCCCUCCAGUUCCUGGUUCCGUCUGUCGUCUGUUCUUUGUUUUAACUGGUGGUGUUUUCUUUGGUUCCGCUGGUUCUCAUCUCCCUCCUUUAAACGUUUACAGCUUUACUCAGACGUCUGGAACGAGCUUUUCUUUGUACAUAGUUGGAGUGUAAAUAGAGGAGGAGGGGGAGGAAAGGUGGAGGAGGAGGGAGGGGGAGGAGGAGGAGGAGGGAGAGAGGGAGGAGGGGGAGGAGGAGGAGGAGGGCGGGGGGAGGAGGGGAGGAGGGGGGGGGGUGGAAUCCGAAUUUAGACUUAGACUCUACUUUUUGUGAAUGGGACUCUAUUUUUGUUUUUCUAAAGCUUUUCUGUGAGCGGGACGUUGUUGUUUGGGACGGAGCCGUUUGACUCGUGUAAAUAAUUUUAAAAGAAUAAAAGUUGAUACUUUCAGUAA